AUGGCUGCUGAACAGGCCAGAUUUCAUUCGACGUUCUGCCUGCAAGCAGUGAACUUCACCAUGCCGCUCUUCAAGAAGUCAGCAACCGACCGCAAGGGACGAGGGAAGAGCCAGCGUACCCGUGGAGAACCAGAAGCAGAGAAAGAGUCAGAGAGUCUUCCGCCGAAGCUUCACUCGUACACGGUUCCAACCAACAUCAAAGCUCGGGUUGGAGAGAGCAUCGAAUUGAUGUGUAACGCCAGCGGCAGUCCUACGCCCAGUAUCAGGUGGUACCGACUAAACCGACUCACCAGCGAGCGGAAAGAAAGGGUUGGUAUGGAGGGUGAGAUCCUGCGUAUUCACAACAUCUCCCAGGUGUGUGCGGACACGUAUGUCUGUGUGGCCAACAACAGCGUCCCGCCUACCAAGAGUCGACAGUUCAAGGUCACCGUGGAAUAUCCCCCAGAAAUAACACUGCCCAAUUCUAAGAUAGGACAGCAACUCGGUAGGGAAACCAUCCUGGAGUGUGUUAUCUCCUCCUCGCCGCUAGGUGUCACUGUUUGGAAGCGACGAGGGAUGGAGAUCGGGACGAGCUGGAAGUACGAGGUGGACCUUUACAACGAAGCAGAAAACAUGGUGACGCUCAGUCUGAGGAUAGCCAAGAUAGAGGCAGACGAUUACGGAGAUUACACGUGCGAGGCGCUAAACCCGCACGGACGAACUCGCGCCAAAAUGCGCCUAUACGAGAUAUUUGCUCCUACGACGACGACAACGACCACGUUACCCAUAUCGCCACCUGUUUAUGUCAUGGGAGGCGGUGGUAGGACGAACCAUCAUGACAUCAACAAAUACAACGGCCAAUGGAAAGGCGGCAAUAACAAUAACGUGUUAAAAGAAAGCAAUGGCAGAAAUUGGGAGUUAGGCAGAGCUAAAGGGAAAAGACCGAGUUAUGAAACGUCACCAUAUUCGCCAACCGCACAUGACGUCAUAAGACCUAAUGGCGGGGCGCAUCUUACAGGUGUGUUUGGCACUGGCUCAGUCAGCGGGGUUCCGGGCAGACAGAUCGGUUCCCAGUCAUUGUGUAAAAUACUUCUAGCCGUCGUCGUUCUCCUUAUCAGCCAGGUGACGUCAUGA